AUCUCCUGAGAACUGGUUUUCAUGACGUGCUCAGCUGUAUUUAAAGGAGUUAAGACAUGAUGAAUGGACAAACUCAGAUUUGUGCCCUUUCGGAGAAUGUGAUUUUGGAGGACACAGAAAAAGGAGGGGUCUUAGUCACAGGAAUUAAAAAUUCAGCGAUUAAUCUAAAAGAAGGGGAUCAGCUUGUUGCAGCUACCAUUCAUCUUGACCACCUCAGUAAAGAUGAUGUGUUGAAGCUGAUCAAAAUCAUUGAGCCCUACGACAAGAACCUUGAACUGAAGACUUCAAAAGAUCUGAAAGCUGGCCUGUCUCUUGGUGAUCUUCGAUUGAGCAAUGAGCUUGCACGGACAGGACUUCAAGCGCCAGCUGUGCAGGUUAAUGGGCUAAAUGGACAGCUUAAUGCCCCAAGCUUCAAAGGUGGCAUCACGGCCCCCACAGUAAAUGGAGAAAUGCCAAAGAUCGAGUUAAAGGAAUCCACACCUAAUUUUAGCUCCCCAGAGCUCAGAAUGCCAACUUUUGACACAUCUCUGCCAAAGUUCAAAGGGGACAGUAUAGGUGGCACAGUAGAUGCACCUAAUAUCAGUGUCUCCUCGCCUAGACUAAACACUCCGGAUGUUUCGGUUAAUGUGGACAAACCUGAAUUGAAGAACAAAACUCACAAGUUUAAGAUGCCCAACUUUGGUCUACAUACUAAAAAACCAAAGGUUGGUGGUGAUUUAAAUUUAACUGCCCCAGACAUAAACACUGACCUAAAAAACCCUGAUCUGAGUCUGUCCACCCCAAAGAUUAAUGGAGAGCUUAACACCCCCGAUGUAGAUGUGAUCUUGCCAAAAACUGAGCUCAGGGGCCCAGAUCUAGACAUUGAAACACCAAAAGUGAAUAUCGAGGCUCCAUCUAGUAAGUUCAGAUUGCCCAAAUUUAAGAAAAAAACUGCAAAAGUAAAAGUACCAGAGGUUGAUGCAGAUCUAAGUGCACCAAAUCUUAAGCUUUCUGCCCCAAAUGUAAAUGCAGAUGUCAGUGCACCGAAUGUUGACAUUGAUCUGCCCAGUGCCAACCUUCAAACUCCAAAUGUAGAAAUGAAAACUCCUGAUGCUGAUUUAGAUGCUUCCUCUGCCAAAAUAAAGUGGCCAGCAUUUAAGAAACCCACAUUUGGGCACAAGGUUAAAGUCCCAGAGGUUGGCUUAGAUGCCAAUGUCUCAACACCUGAUUUGAGUCUCAACGCCCCAGAUGCAAAUGUGACUUUACCAAGGGCAGAAAUAAAGGCCCCCGAUCUUGAUAUAAAAGCACCUAACGUGGACAUUGAGGCUCCAUCUGGAAAGGCUAAGUUUCCUACCCUUAAAAAGCCAAAGAUCAACUUACAUAAACCAAAGACGAAAGGUCUAGACUUGGACGUAUCAGCUCCUGGUGUUGAUGUGAAUCUGCCCAAAGCUGAACUGGAUGGUAUAAAUCUAGAUGUUAAGGCACCAGAUCUCAAUCUCUCUGCACCAAAAAUGAUGGGUGAUACUACUUCACCAGAUCUAGGCAUUAAAAAUCCAGCAAUUGAUGCACAGACACCAGAUGUUGACAUAGAAGCUCCAUCUGCAAAGUUUAAAAAGCCUCACUUUAAAAUGCCUAAAAUAAACCUAUCUGGGCCAAAAGUGAAAGGGAUAGAUGAAGACCUCAAUACACAGGUGAAGGCACCAAAUGUUGACGUUUCUGUCCCUGAAGUCAAUCUGAAACCACCUAAAGCCAAUCUUAAAGGGCCUGACCUUGACCUGAAAGCUCCAGAUCUCAGUCUCUCAGCACCCAAAAUUGACGGCAAAGUUAAUGCUCCAGAUGUGGAUCUAAACUUGCCAGAUGCUAACAUCAAAACCCCAAAUUUAGACCUUGAAGCAACAGCACCAGGGAUAGACUUAAACACACCCAAAGUAGACAUUGAUGCCCCGUCAGGCAAAGUCAAGCUACCUCAUUUUAAAAUGCCUAAAAUAAACCUAUCUGGGCCAAAAGUGAAAGGGACAGAUGUAGACCUCAAUGCACAGGUGAAGCCACCAAAUGUUGACGUUUCAGUCCCUCGAAUCAAUGUGGAAUCACCUAAAGCAGAUCUCCAAGGCCCUGACCUAGACCUGAAUGCCCCAGAUCUCACUCUUUCAACACCCAAAAUUGACGGCAAAGUUAGUACUCCAGAUGUGGACUUGAGCUUGCCAGAUGCUAAUAUCAAAACUCCAAAUGUAAACCUACAAGCAACAGCACCAGAGAUAGACUUAAACGCUCCCAAAGUAGACAUUGAUGCCCCCUCUGGCAAAAUGAAGCUACCUCAUUUUAAAAUGCACAAAUUUGGUCUUUCUGGACCUCGGGUGAAAACACAGAAAGUAGAUGCACCUGAUGUAGAUGUCAACAUGCCCAAAGCUAAACUCAAAGGCCCUGAUCUAGAUGUGAAAGCACCUGAUCUUAGUCUUUGCGCACCUAAAGUUGAAAGUAACAUUUCUGCUCCAUCUUUAGACAUUGAUUUGCCUAAAGGUGACUUAAAAGCUCCAUCUCCACGUAGACCUAAACUUGCCAAAAACAGAGCUUGA